UAAGGCGCAGCAGGGCCGUGGUCUCGGUUCUCGGGACUAAACUCCGCGCGGUUCUGGAGGAUUUUUACCGAACAGAACCCGCGUGCACUCUGACACACGCACGCGCCUGCACCGGAGGUCUGACACGCGCUCGUGUGCUCGCGCACUGCCGGUACCGGGCGCGCUCCCGCUGCUCUGAGGCUUUAGUUUUGGGGUUAGCCUCUGAGGCUAACAGCGUUAGCUCUGCGUAAGGCGCUGAUGACGACACACGUACAGAGGCGUGCUCACGCGACUGGACCACGCACGCGCUCGGUCACGGAUCUAAACAAACAACAACAACAAACUUCUACAAACACCAGACUGUGAUUGGUGGAAGAUGAUGUCACUGGACAAACCCUCGGCUCUGGUCCAAUCGGAGCCUUCCCUGCCGAAGCCCCGCCCCGUCUCCUCUCAGCCAAUGGGGAAGCGGCGCUGCUCGCUGGGCGGCUUCAGGGCCCCUCCCAAACGCCGUCGCCGUGCUAACAGCGAGAGCCAAUCGGAGUCCGUCCUGCCCAGCCACUUCCUGUUGGGCGGGAACAUCUUCGACCCGCUGAACCUGAACUCUCUCCUGAACGACGAGGUCAACAGACUGACCAAUCAGGAGACUCCUCAGAGCUCGCCGCUGCCGCAGAGGGGCGGUGACACGGUGGAGAUCGUGGUGCCGCGUGACAUCACCGACCCGCUCAACCUGAAGGGGGCGCAGCAGAGGAGGCGCAGACACAGACACCGUCACGGGCACAGUACUUCAGAGAGUACUGCUAGUACUACAGCCGGUACUACAGCCAGUACUACAGAGAAUACUGCAGCGGGUACUACAAAUACUGCUGCAGACUCGUCUCCGCUCUGGUGUGAGCUGAACACGGCGCUCACAUGUCGAGACGACUUGGCUCCGCCCCCUCAGCGUAGACACACCCACCCCCCUCUGAGCGGUAACCGACGGCGGCGCACCACCUCCUCCUGCGUCACCACGGCAACCAGCAAGGCUCAGCCAAUCCGCUUUGAGACGCCACAGGUGGGAGGGGCCAAAGCAGACAGCGCCUCUCUCCGCCCCUCUGGUCGGCGUUUGCGGCCGAAGGACCGGAGCCGGUAUCAGUUUGGAAACUGUAGUAAGUUUUACGGUUUCUGUGGUUGCUACGGCGACGGUGACGGCGUGGUGGGCGGGGCCGACGCGCGUCUCGGCCUGCUGGAGGACGGCUGGUUCAGGGGCCGCCGGGCGCUCGACGUCGGCUGUGGCCCCGGUCACGUGACUCUGUUCAUCGCGCGCUCCUUUAGCCCCGCCCACAUCCUGGGGGUGGAGCUAGACCCGCGCCUGGUGCACGCGGCCAAUCAGAACGUUCGACACUUCCUGUCACAUGACCUGGUUAAAGAGGAGCGGGCGAGGAGACGAGGGAAAGAAACGAGGAGGGAGGAGAUGAGAAGAGAGGAGACGAGGAGACAAGGGAAGGGGACAAGGAGCGAGGAGCUAAACCAGGACCCGGGUCUGGACCGAGGUCUGGACCAGGACCGGGGUCUGGACCAGGACCGGGGUCUGGACCAGGACCGAGGUCUGGACCUGGACCCGGGUCUCGACCUGGACCCGGGUCUCGACCUGGACCCGGGUCUGGACCAGGACCGAGGUCUGGACCUGGACCGGGGUCUGGACCAGGACUUGUCUGAGCUGCAGAGGAUCCUCUCAUCUCUGUCGUUCCCACAGUCGUUUAGAGUCACUCGAGGUCCACUGUGUGCCCCUCUGCUCCCAAUGAUCCAGACCGAGGACCGGACCGAGGACCCUGCUCCUCUGGACUUCCCUCACAACGUCACCUUUCUUCAGGGCGAUUACGUGUGCAGUGGGGAAGCGUGGCCUGGGCGGGGCCUGUAUGAUGUCAUCCUGUGUCUGGGUGUGGCCAAAUGGAUACAGCUGCAGGGCGGAGACGAGGGCUUGGCCAGGCUCUUCACACGAGCCUAUCAGAGCCUGUCGCCGGGCGGAUUAUUCCUCCUAGAGACGCAGCCCUGGACCAGCUACUGCCACAGCAAGAGGGCCUCGGAGACUACCUUGAGGAACUUUAAAACUCUUGGACUUCGUCCAGAGAAAUUCACGUCUUUUCUGACAGCGACGAUCGGCUUCAGCUCAUACCGUCUGCUCACACGUCCAGGAAACCCACGCCCCAUUUACCUGUUCCAUAAAGGUCCCGCCCCCAGGAAGUGAUGCACCUUAAAUGAGGGAUCUGAUUGGCUGUGAAAAUGGACUUAAUGAAUGGGCAAGGCAUCGUGGGAAAUGAGGUCCCCACAGCGACAGGAAGUGACUCAUCAGGAUUUAACCAAUCAGAAGCUUUGGCUGAAAUGACAAAUGUGUGAAACUAAAACGCUGGAAAUAAAGAAAUAAACAAA